AUGUCGCAUGCCGACAUAUCCGGCAGCAAGUUCACCCUUGCUGAUCGCUCUAUUGGUGAUGGAUUCGCGGAGCGUACCAUAGUGGCCUGUCUCAUCGGCAUUGCCUGGUACAACGCCUUGGAAUUGAUCGUUCUGUGCUUCACCACCUUCAAACGAUAUGGCGGGUGCUACUUCUGGUGUCUCCUCAUAGCCUCCUUCAGCAUCAUCCCUUUUGGUCUGGGAUAUCUCCUCCUCAUAUUCAAUAUCUAUACCAAUCUGUUCCCAGUGGCCAUGGAGCUAGUCGCAUGGGUGGGUAUGGUAACUGGCCAGUCGUUGGUCCUCUGGUCUCGAUUACACCUUGUCUGCUAUAACACAACCGUCCUCCAUGCCACUCUCGCUAUGAUCAUUGUCAACGCAAUCAUCCUACACAUCCCCGGUGCCGUCCUCGAACUCGGCAGUCAUUCAAACAAACAUCACCUCUUUCGCGAAGGCUUCGACAUCUUCGAGCGUAUCCAGUUGAUCGGAUUCUCCAUACAAGAAACCAUUCUCUCUGUCAUCUACGCCUGGGAAGCCGCGCGACUGCUGAGUCUCCGCCCAAGAGGCCACUACCGAGGCACACUAGUCCAACUCAUUAUCGUGAACGUCGUCAUGAUUCUUAUGGACGCUGCCAUCAUCGGAGUGCAGUACUCCGGCCUCUUCGACGUCCAUGUCACCCUCAAGGCAUUUGUCUACAGUGUUAAGCUCAAGCUGGAAUAUGCGAUCUUGGGCAAAUUAGUGGUCAUGACGGAGGGGCCCAGCGGUAGUAAUUCGGUCCCCACGGACCUUUCCGAUUUCGUGGACCUCUCUCUCCACCACAAUGGCGAGCCACAGCUGAAUACGGACAUAUUCGCAGAGAAUUCAGAGCACAGCCGUAUACGAGGGUAUUCUAAAGGCUCAUCCACUGAUCCGUUAAGACAAAGUCUCUCCGCUGGCCCCAGUCCGAGUGCCCACAGUCCGAGUUUGAAUAACCCGGCUGUUAACGAUCCUAUAUGUAAAUAA